AUGAUCAUCCACCAUCCGAAUGCAUAUGUUGAAUUCUCUCAAAUCAUUUUUGAUGAUCCAAAUGUUAAUUAUCAAGAAAAAUAUAGCCAAGCAGCCUUUAGCAAUGGAGCAUGGAUUGCUAUCCCUGUGAGAACACCUCAACCAACAACAAUUGUUCCAGCCCGGACGUCUGAAGCAUCAUCCAGCAAAUCAAAUUCAUCACCAUCAGGAGAUGAAAACGAUAAUGAAGAAGAGCCAGAUAAAUCUAAGUCAACUUCAGGUAAACUUGGAACAGGAGCCAUUGUUGGUAUAGUGAUAGGAAUUUUAAUUGCUGCAGUACUUGUUGCUGUCGCAGUCAUUUUCAUCCUUAAGUCUCGUCCUAAAAGAACUGAUACAAGUGAUAUGGAUAUUCAGUUUGCAAACAUUGUAUAA